UACGCACCUUGUGGCUAGUGUCAUCUUUCAACACGCACAUGAUGCCUUUUCCCAUUUGCUCAUCACCUUUCAGUACUUCCAACUUUAUCAUUUUGCUGUAUUUCCUGAGUUUCUUACUUCCAGCUGCCUCCAAACUACAAGGCAAUGCAACAGAUAGGGAUUCGCUUCUUGAAUUCAAGAAAAUGAUCAAAGGUGAUCCCUUCGGUGUGAUGAGCUCGUGGAACGAAACCAUCCAUUUCUGCGAGUGGCCCGGUGUUUCAUGCGGCCGCCGCCACCGGAGAGUCACAGCCUUAGGCCUCAGCUCCAUGAAGCUGGUGGGGUCACUUCCUUCUCACAUUGGGAACCUAAGCUUUCUCCGGGUUCUAGACCUUCAAAACAACAGUUUCUCCGGUGACAUCCCGCCAGCAAUAGGUAAUUUGCAUAGGCUGCAGGUUCUGCUUCUGCACAAUAACUCAUUUACUGGCUUCAUUCCUUCAAAUAUUUCUGGCUGCAUAAACUUGGAAGCUCUGAAUUUCUCAAAUAACUAUCUCAUGGGCAGCAUUCCAUCACAACUUGGCACCUUAACUAAUCUCCAAACCAUUCAUUUUGUUCACAAUAACCUUACCGGUAAAAUCCCUCCUUCUCUUGGCAAUCUUUCUCUUCUGUAUGAAUUCUUUGCCAAUAAGAACAACUUGGUAGGAGAAGUACCUGAUUCUUUGUGCAGAAUAUCAGGACUACAAUACCUUAUAGUCUAUGAAAAUAAUCUUAGUGGCACACUACCCUCCUCUCUAUUCAAUCAUUCAUCCAUGUUGGCUAUAGAUGUGGGAAACAAUUUCAUAGAGGGGUCUUUGCCUCCCAACCUUUUUAUCACCCUUCCUCGCCUUCUCUAUUUUAGUAUUCAUAAUGAUACUUUCACUGGAAAUAUACCUCCCACAUUAUCAAAUGCUACAAACCUGCAGUUCUUCUAUAUUAGCAGGAAUGGACUCACAGGAAAAGUACCUGACCUUGGAAACUUGCAUAAACUUCAAAGGUUCUUGAUAGCAUUCAAUCAUCUUGGGGAAGGGGAGGAUGGUGACCUGAACUUCCUGUCCUCAUUAACCAAUGCCACCAACUUAGAGCUUUUAGAGCUUAAUACGAAUAACUUUGGAGGUGUCUUACCUGAAUCCAUCUCAAACCUUUCAAGAAACCUUAUAGAAAUCGGCCUUUCCUACAAUAAGGUUUCCGGGAAAAUUCCAAGGGGGAUUUCCAAUCUCAUUGGCUUGGAGGCUCUAUAUUUGGCUUACAACAAAUUCAACGAGGAAAUCCCGCCUGAGCUUGGGUUUCUUAGUGGAUUGCAAGAGUUGGCUUUGCUAGGGAACCAUUUAUCUGGAAAAAUCCCAUCCUCUUUUGGAAAUCUAACACUUUUAACCCGACUUAGUUUGAGAGAAAACCAUCUCCAGGGUAUCAUUCCUUCAAGUUUAGGUAAAUGCCUGAACUUGGCCCUGUUGGAUCUUGGUCAAAACAACCUCAGUGGCUACAUCCCACAGGAAGUUCUUCAACAGUCAUCCUUGUGUUUGGAUUUCUCACAAAACCAAUUAACAGGUUCCAUACCAGAAGAUGUUGGAAAUUUGAAAUUUUUAAACUACUUGGAUCUGUCUUAUAAUUCACUGUCAGGCCAUAUCCCUAAGACACUUGGGAGCUGUGUGCAGUUGGAAAUGCUGAACUUGACAAACAACAACCUUCAAGGCAACAUCCCCUCUACUAUGCAAAAUUUGAAGAGCCUGCAAUUUUUGGAACUCUCAAAUAAUGGUUUGACAGGUGAAAUCCCAAGCUUCUUCAAGAACUUCAAAUAUUUGCAGAAUUUGAACUUGUCCUACAAUGACUUUGAAGGUCCAGUCCCAAGUGUAGGAGUUUUCAAUGAUACAAGUUCUUUUUCAAUCAUUGGAAACAGAAAUCUCUGUGGGGGUAUAUCUCAGCUCGGCCUACAUGAGUGCGAAACUACAAAACCAAAAAAGAGCAAAUCAAGUACUUACUUGAAAAUAGUGAUCCCUGUCAUUUCCGGGUUUCUUGUGCUGACAUUGGUAGUAUGUUUUCUUAGCAUUCGAUGGCUUAAAAGAUCAAGAAAAGAACCCCCUCCAGAUUCACAAGAAAACUCCAUCUUAAGAAUGUCUUAUCAGACUCUCCUCAAGGCCACAAAUGGAUUCGCCUCAGCCAAUCUGCUUGGAAUAGGUGGUUUUGGAGCUGUAUAUAAAGGAACUUUUGAUCAUGAUGGCACAGUUUUUGCUGUCAAGGUUCUUAACCUCUUGCACUCUGGAGCUACCAGGAGUUUUAUGGCUGAGUGUGAGGUCCUGAAGAACACAAGACACCGUAAUCUUGUCAAGGUGCUAACUGCAUGUUCGGGUGUUGAUUUCCAGGGAAAUGAUUUCAAGGCCUUAGUUUACGAGUACAUGAAGAAUGGGAGCCUUGAAGACUGGCUGCAUUUCAGUCCACAGGAAAAUUCUCAGAGUGAGGAGCACAAGAAGCUAAGUUUUGUUCAAAGGUUAAAUAUUGCCACUGACGUGGCAUGUGCUCUGGAUUAUCUUCAUAACGACUGUGAACUAGCCAUAAUUCACCGUGAUCUCAAGCCAAGCAAUGUUCUCCUUGAUAACAACAUGACUGGACACGUCAGUGAUUUUGGAUUAGCCAGAUUCGUACAGCCAUCUAUUCUUUGCUCUUCAGCAUCUCAGACAAGUACUGCAGGUGUACGAGGAACUAUUGGUUACAUGGCACCAGAAUAUGGAAUGGGAAGUGAGGUAUCAAAAUCUGCAGAUGUAUACAGUUUCGGCAUACUGAUCCUGGAAAUUUUCACUGGGAGGAGACCUACAGAUGAACUGUUCAAAGAUGGAUUAAACAUUCAUAACUAUGCCAAGGCUGCAUUACCAGUGAGAGGGAUGGAGAUUGCAGAUCCUAUACUUAUCCAGGAAAGAGACGAACAGGCACAAAUCAAACAAAAUCACAAAUCCCACAACAGGAAUGAUGAAUUUCAAGAGUGCUUAGUUUCUUUGCUUGAAAUUGGGGUCACCUGCUCUGAAGAAUCACCUAGAGAUAGAAUGAAUAUUGGUGAAGUUGUAGGUAAAUUGAAUAUAUUAAAGAAAUCCCUGUAGGAGACAUGUAAAAAAAAUGUAAUUCUAGCAUAAUAAAUGACAGUUUCAGAAAUUGAGUUUCAUGGCUGUACACUUCAAUGAAAAUCCAAAUCAGUCUGAUCCA